GGCUAUUAGCUAUCGACUUAUCAACAAGUGUUUAUCAUCAGUCUGUUUAAGAAAACCCCUAGAAAAACCCAUCUACUGGUAUUCUCCACUUCACUACUUUGUUCAUUCGUUGGUUGCACCUCCCCAGUCGGAUACUACAAUUUGGCGACGAGACAACCGGACAUCAAAGAACUAUAGUCGAAGUUGGUCUGGUAGUGUUUGAAAUCCGGUGGCGUCCUACGAACACCUGGUCGGGUAAUUAAAUCGACGUCAUUAUACACAGUGCUACACAAAACCAGCGAAAUCAAUUAUCAGCAGUGAAGGGUGCCCUUGCAGGCAGUUAUCAGCCUAUCCGUAGGCAGAACAAAGGAUACAAGCCAGCAGUAAGAUAUCCACGUUUCUACAGCAGUGAACGAGGCCAUCGCUCCUUGUUGUUUCAUCGACGGAUUGGUUGGUGAGUUGGCAGAUUAACCGAUUGGGCUUUCUGAAUAAUGUCUUUAUCGGGCAUGGCCACAAUGAUUGAGCCAUAUAGAAAGGGGUCGUCGUUUUGUGAUUGGGUAGAUCGACUUGCUUAUUGCUUUGAAGCUAAUGGUGUUGCUGAUGAAAUGAAGAAAGCGCAUUUAAUCACACUGGGGGGACCAGUAAUGUAUACAGAACUUAAAUUGUUGUAUCCAAAUGGAGCUUUAUCCACAGCUGCUUAUGCGGAUAUUGUAGCAAAAUUGAAGGCGCGACUCGACAAAGUAGAGCCAGAUGUGAUACAACGUGCCCAAUUUAAUUCAAGGAUUAGACAACCCGGAGAAACCUUAGAAGAUUUUGUGUUGGCAUUAAAACUUCAAGCCGAAUUUUGUGGCUUCGGCGAUUUUAAAAAUAUGGCAUUAAGGGAUCGCAUAGUAGCGGGUGUUAAUGACAAAGCCCUCCAACAACGGCUGCUCAAUGAAGAUAAGCUGACGUUGGAGACGGCUGAAAAGAUUAUAACAACGUGGCAGAUAGCCGAAACUAACGCUAAAGUUUUGGGAAAUAGGGAAACUGCUUGGGAUCACAUAGCUGCUUUGAAAACAGCGGACCCUAACACCACGGGGACAGCAAUGAGAAAACUAGCUGCAACAUUUGAAUUGAGCAAACAGGGUGAGCAUUCGAGAGGUCCUAUUAAAAGUCGUUUGGGCUUUAGACAGUCGCCAGGGCGUCAGGGAUAUUAUCAGAGACAACAAAAUGUAUGGCGCAGACCGAGACCGUUGCAGUUGGAAGAUUGGGGAAAUCAGGACCACAGAAGAACAGCACGUUUCUCAAAUUUCACGUGUGACUACUGUGGCAUAAAAGGACACAUAAAAAGGCGCUGUUUCAAAUUGAAAAAUUUGAAAAGGAAUGCUGUAAAUAUGGUAGAGACCCCGAAGCCUGUUUCAUCGGUGGACGACGAUAUGCAGGAUUUGAUAAAUAGAAUGACUAUGAAGGACUCGGAUACGGAGGAAGAAGACAUGGAUGAAGGUGCAAAUUGGAAACGUCAUAGCCACGGCGCACAGGACGCAAAUUAGGAUAUCGGAAGCUCCACGAAUAGAAAUGCGCCCAAAUAUGGUGGUACCCAGCCGAAGACCUGUAGCUGCAACCGAUGAGCCUAACGAGUUUGUGUGCAAUCCAAUGGAUCGAUUAGAUGGGUGUAAUAGUGAUAACAAUAACAAGAAAAAAGCAACUUCUGUUAAAAGGAAAAAACCUGCCGACUGGGUGGAUCAAUCACCUCGGCGUUCUAAAAGAGUAAGAAAAGAAAGAAGAGAUAAUGCUUUUGUAUACAUUAAGUGAUUUGAAUUGUUUUUCUGAUAACCAAUAAGAGUAAACUUGAGAGGAAAUAUUUUUCCUAUCGAAUAAGAAAAAAAAAGUGUUCUGAAUAAAAGUUUAGAGUCAAACUGAAGAAAGAAUUAACUAAUUUCGAGUUAGGGUAAGAAACAGCUAAACGGUGGAGGAGUUAUAGUGUUCGAAUUUAAAAGAUGAAUUUGAGUCAGUGUAGAGUUCGCUAUAAAAUAUAUGAAUCUUGUCUACCAACACCAAUGUGAUUCAAUCGAGGAAUUAUUGUUACAAAUAUGCAAAACUUAUAAAAGAU